AUGUCUAAACGGUCUGUGGAGGCCAUAUACAACCCAGUACUCGAUCCCAAGCAGAAAGAAUGGAUCAAAUACUUUGUACCCAAGCUAAAAAGAAGAUCUCCAGCGAUUAAUCGGGGAUACUGGAUUAGAAUGGAGAGUAUCAAGGAAAUGGUGCUAAAAAUCAAGGAGAAAUAUGCUGCUUCAGGUCUUCCUGUGCGAGUUGUUAACUUGGGUUGUGGAUUUGAUACGCUUCCCUUCCAGCUCUUGGCCAAUGGUCCCGAACGCCUCGAAUUUUAUGACUUUGAUUAUCCUGAGCUUGUAAAGAGAAAAUUAUCUGUGAUUGAAUCAUCAGAUGAGAUUCUAGAAGUCAUAGGAAAAUCUGACGAGCUAUCUUCGAAGCAUACAGAGUUGGGGAUUGAAUUGGCAACGAAAUACUACAAAUUAGUCGGUUGUGACCUCAAGGAUACACUUCGUUACCAGAAACAGCUUGAGUUGCUUUUGAAAGGUGACAAGGGCGCUCCAACCCUCUUCAUUGCGGAGGUUUCUUUAGCGUACAUGAAACCGCAGGACGCAAAUCCGGUGAUUGAGAUAUCAUCCAAGCUUAGAAAUUCCCAUUUCCUUGUUUUAGAACAAAUUAUGCCUUCAGGGCCGAAACAUUUUUUCGCUGAGAAAAUGCUCCACCAUUUCAACCAUCUUCGGUCACCUUUACAAUGCGUGGAGACGUAUAGCACAAAGGAUAAGCAGAGAUGCCGGUUCAAACAAUACUUCCCACAAGUCGAGAUCAAUGAUCUUUUCGAGUGCUGGCGGGAAAUUAUACAUCCUGAGAGGAAGAAGCUUGUGGACAAGGUUGAAGUGUUUGACGAAUGGGAAGAGUUCAUAGUAUUCUGCCAACACUACGUUGUCAUUCAUGCUACAAAUUCCAAUAAUUUAUUUUUUAGAGAUAAAAACGUGACGAAUGUCGAGACGUCUUAUAGUGAGAAGGUAUCCGUCGUCCAUCGUGGAUGUGAAGACCUCGAGCUCAAGUUCCCAGCUGCCUGUGAAGUAAACCAUCAAGAUAUCUUGAUUCAUGGUGGUAUGUGGCAGACCAGAAUUGAUGAAUUGCUUCAUAUUGAAACAGAUACAUUCAAUAAGAGGUUAGUAGCUCUUUCAGAGAAGAGACCGUCACCUAGAAUGUGUCACACUUUGACCAACGCUGAAAACGGAUGUUUCGUGGUUUGUGGAGGUCGUGGUCGCCCUGGACUCGUCUUCGACGACGUCUGGAUCUACGAAUGUUCAUCCAACUCUUGGACCAGUUUGGGGUCUUUACCGGUUCCCAUGUACCGCCAUAGCGCAGUAUGCAUCUCACCAGGAGUGGUAUUAGUAUUCGGCGAGGGUCAAUUCGUCAAAAUCAGUAUCGAAAACAACGCAGUUUUUUUGCUUGAAGCAAUUGGCUCCGUUCCUUCAUUGCAAAGCUGUGCUUUCGUUUACGAAGCUUCUUGUGGAACAGGGUACAUUGUUGGAGGCAUGAGCGACAAAACAGAGCCUCGUAUUAACUGCGAGGUCUACAGGUUCCAGAUCACAGAAAAUACAGUUACUGUGGAGCUGGUGGUUCAAGCUACGCAGCUAGCACGAAUCGGGUGCGUGGGGAUGUUGCAAAACGAUACCCUUGUGAUUGCAGGCGGCGCAGGUUCCCAGCUCCACAGUCAAACCACCACAGUGAUGGCAGUGGACACACGUCUGUGGAAAAUCGACAAUGUUUGCAUUGACGAAAAAACGUGGGAGAAGGGACCCGUUUUCAUAGGUUCGGCUGUAGCAGGUAAUGUUAUCGUCGGCGGCGGCGCCGUGUGCUACUCCUUUGGCAGCGCCUAUAACAGUGCCUUUGAAGUGCGAUUCCACUAG